ACGUACCGACGCCCCGCUCGUGGAUUGGAGCGGAUCACGGUUUGUCCGCCGAGACGGCGCCAACUAUCCGCUGACCUUUAACUCACGAAAAUGGGAAGGUGCCCAGCCACCUACAGCAUGGUACUUCGCCAAGCUGUCGCGCUCAAGGGGCCGAACGCCUGCAGCCUUUCUUCAUGGGCGAGUCAAAUGUCGGUUACGAGACUGACAGUGCGGCCGCGCCGGGUAUGCUUCAUCAUGAGGGCGACGAUCAUCUCACAGCAAUCACGAGAACACUCUCCAAGCUUGGGGUUAAAGAUCGCCAGUUUGUUCACCUCCCCGGCGUUGACAAUGUAAUCGCUGACGUGGCUUCCAGAACCCCGCCUGCAGUCGUCUCACCGGUCGCACCUAUGGCGUCCGCAGCGCGUUUUCCCUCAGAGGAGCACGUGCCCGUCGCGCAGCAAAGCAAAGAUUCGUUCUGCAACGCGCAGCGAGGGGAAUGCCGCCAACUCUAGCAGGCUGCUCGAGAGCCUACGGCCUUUCCUCGCGCCGACAUG